CAUAGGAAGGCGCCGUAGCUUGCCGGCGCGAACGCUCCACAUUGCCGGACGGUAUUUUCAGAUGUGCCUUUUUAGGUUUGUUAUUUCUUACAGUUAAUCUAGAUACACAGAAAUAGUUGAGAAAAAUAAACCAGCAAUGAAAUUGCGUUUUCGUUUUAUGAAACACUCCAGUUGGCUGCGGAGCAGAACACAGUGUAAUUUAGCUCGCACGCUACUUUUUUUUUAUUUAAAUUAUUUCUCCUAGACAAGCUAGUAGCUAAGCUAGAGAGAGAGGCUAGGUAGGCCCAGCGCUUGACGUCGGCGGGACGGGAUUCGCACUGCUGCCAGGUCGGUAACCGGCCGAGCGGGGACACUCGUCUCUCUCGCCAUGAUGAAGUGUCACUACGAGGUGCUCGGAGUUAAACGGGACGCCACAGACGACGACCUGAAGAAGGCCUAUCGCAAACUCGCUUUAAAGUGGCACCCAGACAAGAACUUGGAAAAUGCAGAAGAGGCUGCAGAGCAGUUCAAGCUGAUCCAGGCUGCCUAUGAUGUCCUGAGUGACCUGCAAGAAAGAGCCUGGUACGACAACCACCGAGAGGCUUUAUUGAAGGGAGGGGUCAGUGGAGAGUAUGAGGAUGACAGUAUUGACCUGCUGCAGUAUUUCACUGUAACAUGUUACUCUGGUUAUGGAGAUGACAAGGAAGGCUUUUACACCGUGUAUCGAAAUGUGUUUGAGACGAUAGCAAAGGAAGAAAUGGAGCACAUUACAGAGGAUGAAGAUAAGGAAGAGUUUCCCACAUUCGGAGACUCUCAGAGCGACUAUGACACAGUCGUACAUCCCUUCUAUGCCUACUGGCAGAGCUUCUGUACUCACAAGAAGUUUGCCUGGAAGGAGGAAUAUGACACGCGGCAGGGCUCCAACCGCUGGGAGAAGCGAGCCAUGGAGAAGGAAAACAAGAAGACGCGUGAGAAAGCGCGGAAGGAGCAUAGCGAGUUGGUACGCCAGCUCGUGGCCUUCGUGCGCAAGCGAGACAAGAGGGUGCAGGCCCACAAGAAGUUGGUGGAGGAGAAAAAUGCAGAGAAGGCCAAGAAGGCUGCAGAGCUCAGGCGCAAGCAGAAACUUCACCAGGCCAAGCUUGCUGAGGACUACAAGGAGCAGAGCUGGGCUGCCAUGUCUGAACUGGAGAAAGAACUCAAGCAGAUAGAGGCGCAGUAUGGGCAGGAGUUUGGAGAUGUGUCUGAAAGUGAGGAAGACCAGGAAGUGCAGGAAGGAGAUGAACAAGGAGCGGGCGAUGCCCUGACUGAUGAACUGGGAGAGUAUUAUGAUGACCUGUACUGCCCAGCUUGUGAUAAAGCCUUCAAAACAGACAAAGCCAUGAAGAACCACGAGAAAUCCAGGAAGCACAGAGAGAUGGUGGUGCUGCUAAGGCAGCAGUUAGAAGAGGAAGACAUGAGUUUAAAGUGUAAUGUUGAUGAAGUGGAAGAAAAGGAGGAGGAAGAAGAAGAUGAAAAGGAAGAGCAGGAGGAAACUCCAAAGCAAAAGUACAAACCCUCAGAAGAAUUGCUGGAGAUGGAUCCAGUCCCUAUGCAGUGUGUUCCAGAAGACCCUACCCCAUUACCCUCAGACAACAGCAAGGACGUCCUCCACCCACAGUCCCCUGUGAACGAGACCACUGAGAUCACAGUGGAGAACACGCAGCACGGAGAGUCCAGACCUGUCGAAACGAAGAGUUCUGGAAAGAUGAAAGGCAAGAAGAAUGGAAGGGAUUCAAAAAAAAGGAGCAAACUACAGGGAAGCACAGAGGAAGCACCAGAGAAGGAGUUGAACUUGCGUUGUGUGACAUGCCAGUUUGAAUUUACUUCAAGAAAUAAACUGUUUGAUCACUUGAAGACCACAGGACACGCUACUGCACUGUCAUCCAGUGCAGCUGUUGGCACAAAGGGCCGGAAAGAGAAGAAGAAAAACCGAUAAUCACCCUAUCGUAGGCUAGGGCAAUAGAAUGAUCCAUCUCAAAGAUGUGGAAAACAGUGGAGGAAGCGAUAAAUGGACAGAUCCUUGUACUACUGAACCCAACCUGUGCCUGUUUUAAAAUGUUGUGUUCCUACACCGCUGAAGGUUGGUGGUGACAAAGUACGAUUUAAAGGUUUGAUACAAUUCUAAAUUGUAUAAAAACUUCUUAGUUCAAUUAUUUCUGUUCUGCCUACCCAGUUGAGGGUUAUAAUGUCAUGCUAAAUUAUUGAGUAAAGCAGGGGAAAAAUUUGUUGAAAUAAAUUAGAAAAGAAGCUCUUUCCCCACAUUGUUUUACCUCUUUCCUUGUGUUCAUGAGGAAUGUUAUUAUUGUUAGUUUUCUGAAAAUACUGGGCUCAGCGAUGAUACCCUGAAAGCUCCCUGAUCUAGUAGGGGCAGUUAAAGCAGGUGGAAGGUGGAAAAACAGUACAGAUCAAUGUUUAAGGUCGGUCAUGUUCUUUUGGUUGCCAGACUAGGGUAUUGCAGGCUGUGUUACUCAAACUCAGUAAAUCUACUGGGCUUCAGUGAAUGUCUAAACAUGUUGAUAACAUAUAUCAAUGAAUCAUCAUCCAGUGCAAAUUUCUAAAGGAACAGAAAAGGCCUGUUUGGAGAAAGUUCAGGAAUUACUGGGUAAUCUAGUCAUAUUAAAGUUCAGCAACAAAUUAUGUAAUUUAUAAUUACAUUGAAAAAUAAUUCUAAAUAUGAAUACUGUCAACAAGCACUGCAGUCAUGUGGGCUCACCUACUGCCUUUGAACAGCAAGUUAAUAUUUCCUCCUAAAAUGCUGUGCUGUAAUAUCCAGCAGAGGGCAGUGGAGAGCUUUAAGUGAUUUGCAUUGUGGGCGGUGGUGCUGGGGUAUUCUUCACAUCAUCUGUUGUAUGGUUCCUGUAGCUCUUCUAGAGGAGCUUAAGUAACAUAAACAGCAGUAUUUUAAACUGUUUGCAUUUAAAAUAGAUAUGUGUAAAUUAUACUUUGUAUGAAGUGACAUCAAGUAUGGUGUUCUCUGCUGGAAUGUUAAUGAACUGCAGUGUUGAAAACAGGCCAACAUCUUCCUGCCAUUAAUUUAUUCACUCACAAAAACUGAUUGUCUAGUACAGGUCAAAGUGAGUCAGAGUCUGUCCCAGAACCAUGGGGUGCGAGGCAGGGUGCACUAUGUAUGCCGGUGCAUUGCAGGACAAUCACGCACUCAUUUGCUAACAAAUACACGUUACUGGCAACUGAGAUUCCCCAAUUCACCUGAAACACCUGUCAUUAGAGUGUACGAGGAAACCUACAUGUACACGGAUGAGGAGGACAUGCAAACAUAGACUUAGCCAGAUUCAAACCCGCAUCUGGAUACGCAGGCCAGGAGCUGUGAAGCACCAGCGCUUCCUUUGCACCGUUGUAAUGCUUUCUAUGACAUGUAUCUUUUUUGUAAUUGUGACUGGACAGAUACGGAAUUUGUCAAACA